GGCGGUGGCAGAGGGCGGCCGUUGCGGGCCGGCCCGCGGGGCUGAGGCCGAGCCGAGCCGGGCCCGCGCACGCCGGGGGCCCACCAUGCGGCGGCUGCGGCGCCUGGCGCACCUGGUGCUCUUCUGCCCCUUCUCCAAGGGCCUGCAGGGCCGGCUCCCGGGCCUCAGGGUCAAGUACGUCUUCUUGGUCUGGCUGGGCGUCUCUGUGGGCAGCUGGAUGGUGUACGUGCACUACUCGUCCCACGCGGAGCUCUGCCGUGGGCACGUCUGCCAGGUGGUUAUCUGUGACCAGUACCGCAAGGGCAUCAUCUCCGGCUCCAUCUGCCAGGACCUGUGCAACCUGCACAAGGUAGAGUGGAGGACGUGCCUGUCCUCCGUCCCAGGCCAGCAGGUGUACAGUGGGCUGUGGCAGGGCAAGGAGGUGACCAUUAAGUGCGGCAUCGAGGAGGGCCUGGACCCCAAGGCCAGGUCGGACCCGGCCCCCCGGCAGGAUCUGGUGCUGUUCGACAAGCCCACUCGGGGCACCUCAAUUAAGGAGUUCCGGGAGAUGACCCUCAGCUUUCUCAAGGCGAACCUGGGAGACCUGCCCUCCCUGCCCGCGCUGGUUGGGCAGGUCCUGCUCAUGGCCGACUUCAACAAGGACAGCAGGGUGUCCCUGGCCGAGGCCAAGUCGGUGUGGGCCCUGCUCCAACGGAACGAGUUCCUGCUGCUGCUGUCCCUCCAGGAGGAGCACGCGUCCCGGCUGCUGGGCUCCUGCGGGGACCUCUAUGUCACCGAGGGGGUCCCACACAGUUCCUGGCACGGGGCCGCUCUCCCGCCCCUCCUGCGCCCGCUGCUGCCCCCCGCCCUGCAUGCAGCCCUGCAGCGGUGGCUGGGGCCCGCGUGGCCCUGGAGGGCCAAGAUCGCCAUCGGCCUGCUGGAGUUUGUGGAGGAGCUCUUCCAUGGCGCCUACGGGACCUUCUACAUGUGCGAGACCACGCUGGCCAACGUGGGCUACACGGCCAAGUACGACUUCAAGAUGGCCGACCUGCAGCAGGUGGCGCCCGAGGCCGCCGUGCGCCGCUUCCUGCGGGGCCGCCACUGCGAGCGCAGCUCGGACUGCACCUACGGCCGGGACUGCAGGGCCCCCUGUGACAAGCUCAUGAGGCAGUGCAAGGGCGACCUCAUCCAGCCCAACCUGGCCAAGGUGUGCGAGCUGCUACGGGACUACCUGCUGCCCGGUGCCCCCGCCGACCUGCACGAGGAGCUGGGCAAGCAGCUGCGCACCUGCACGACGCUGAGCGGGCUGGCCAGCCAGGUGGAGGCCCACCACUCGCUGGUGCUGAGCCACCUCAAGACCCUGCUCUGGAAGAAGAUCUCCAACACCAAGUACUCAUGAUGGCCGGCUCCCAGCCCCCCGCUCCCAACUCCCAGGGGCUGCCUGGGGCCCCAGAGAGCCACUCCCGCCCUUGGGUCCUCCUCGCUCUUCACCCUACCACCCAGCAAAGGACAGGACCACAGGAGCUGGAGGCCUGGCCUGCAUCCACCCACAACAAGCCAGGGAAGGGGUCCUUCCCUCAGCCCCAGACGCCAACAACCCAGACAGGGGAGCCGCAUAGCUGCAAAGGGGGUGGGGGGGGCAGGAGGAGCACCUGGAGCCUGACCACAAGGGCUGGC